AGAUCUGUGGGCACCGAUCGCGAGCUCCACAUUGCGAGCUUGACGAAGCGCUGGUCACUACAUCCCGACUCUGCUGCUCGAGCUGUAGAUACAUCGGCCUAUCUGUUGACAGGCCGCUGACACACUUCUAAUGUUUUGGUCAGGUGACCCCCAGCUCCGUUCCCAACUGGCCAGUUCCUCGGACAAAGUCCACUGGUUGGCCGUUGGUGUGUAUCCAGGCACUGAGAGGUCAGCAAUUUGUAAUACCCUGUAUUUUAUAGCAUAUAAAACACUUGUCUUCCUUCCGCAGAGCUGUUACUCUGGCGCACUACGCUACAGUUAAAAGUCUUGCCAGGUUUUUGUCAUGAACCGCGGGGAUGUCAAAUUAAUUACACUACAUAUGCUGUACCCUCGUGUGGCGAGAGUUCUGUCCAUUGCCCAUUAUUGAGUGCCUCCUAUUAGUGCACCUUGCUUUUGCGUCAUUUGGACUUUACUUUUUGUUAUAAACCUACUAAUGGGCGUCACCCCAAAACUUUAUAUUGCUUCUUUGUAGCCUUUGAUCGGAGGUUGAUAUGCCUAGGGUUUUAUUGUAAGCUAGAUAUUAACACCGUGCCACGGUUAUUCGUAGGGAAAUGAGUUUUGUGCCCGAGCCGGACAUCCGAGUUUUUGAAGAAUAUUACACCGGACUCAAGUCAGAACGCAGCUCAACAUCAGAGGCCGGCCCCCUGCUGCUGGUCGAGGACGGUCAAGAAGUAGAUAUUACAGUCAACGAUGAAAAAUCAGUCGAUAUUCCAGUAAGCGACGAACAAACAAUCGAGAUCCCAUCAAAUGAGGAUGAAGUGGUCGAUAUUCCGCCUAAUAAUGAACAAGCAAUCAACAUUCCAUCAUCUGAUGAACAAGCAAUCGCUAUUCCUUCCAUUCAUGAACAAACAGCCACUCUUACAUCCAAGGAUGAACAAUCAAUUGAUAUUCCAACGAAGGAUGAACAAGUAACCAAUAUUCCAUCUUCUGAUAAACAAGCAAUGGAUGUUCCCUCCAUUGAUGAACAAGCAGUGGAUUUUCCCUCCAUUGAUGAACAAGCAGUGGAUAUUCCAUCUUCUGAUGAACAAGCAGUGGAUUUUCCCUCCAUUCAUGAACAAACAAUCGCUAUUCCAUCCAUUCAUGACCAAACAGCCAAUCUUACAUCCAAGGAUGAACAAUCAAUUGAUAUUCCAACCAAGGAUGAACAAGUAACGAAUAUUCCAUCUUCUGAUGAACAAGCAGUGGAUAUUCCAUCUUCUGAUGAACACGCAGUGGAUGUUCCCUCCAUUGAUGAACAAGCAGUGGAUAUUCCAUCUAUUGAUGAACAAGGAGUGGAUAUUCCAUCUUCUGAUAAACAAGCAGUGGAUGUUUCCUCCAUUGAUGAACAAGUAACCAAUAUUCCAUCUUCUGAUGAACAAGCAGUGGAUAUUCCAUCUUCUGAUGAACGAGCAGUGGAUAUUCCAUCUUCUGAUGAACAAGCAGUGGAUAUUCCAUCUAUUGAUGAACAAGCAGUGGAUAUUCCAUCUUCUGAUGAACAAGCAGUGGAUAUUCCAUCUUCUGAUGAACACGCAGUGGAUGUUCCCUGCAUUGAUGAACAAGUAACCAAUAUUCCAUCUUCUGACGAAAAAACAGUGGAUAUUCCAUCUAUUGAUGAACAAGCAGUGGAUAUUCCAUCCAAGGAUGAAAAAUUUCUCGAUAUUACAUCCAUUGAUGUACAAGCAAUCGAUAUUCCAUCCAAGGAUGAACAAGCAAUCAGUAUUCCAUCUGAUGUCGAACAGAUAAUUGAUGAUCCCGCUACUUAUGAACAAUCAGCCAAUAUUCCAUUCAACGGCGAACAAAUAAUUGACAUUUCUGUAAAAGAUGAGAAUGUGUCUGAUGAAUAUUCUGCGGCAGUACCAUGCAAAGAUCAGCUGGUCAUUCAACAAAAUAUCGUUGAUAUUCGAAUCAACGAUGAGAAAGAAACCAUCAAGAAACUCGCAGAUGAUGGUAUUCAAGUCUCUGAUCACGGCUUAGCUGUAGACCCUGUUUCUGAAAAGGUUGACGAUGAGCAAGAUUUUGAAAAAGUAAUUGUCAAAGAUCAGGGCGUUGUCCAGCCUGACGUUCAAAUAAUUGAGGAUCAUCAGUUGGCAGCUCCAAAUGUCGAGGAUAUGCAAACUACAAACGAACAAGUUGAUGAUGGUCUUGAUGAGGAUAAAAAUGUUGACAUAACGAUUGUCGAGGAUAAAAAUGUUGACAUGACGAUUGUCGAGGAUGAGGAAGCCAAUUAUCAUAAAGCUAUUACCAGAACUAGACCAGACCGUGGCUCAUUGGGGCCAUUAAUCAACGAAAAGAUAUUUUUUAGACGCCACGAAUCGGAAGAAAUAUCUCCGGUUCUAGGCGAACUGCCAUUUACCCACAUUGCCCCAUCCAGGUUGAACCUCCAAACCAGUAAUGCUAGCUGGGAAGAAAAAACUCCAACCAACGCUAACAGACACAGCUUCGGAGAGGACACUCGUUACAGUUUAGGCAGUGCUCCUCGGUUUAGCGUGGGAAGCGACCCCAGGUACAGUGUAUGCAGUGAGGCAAGAUACAGCAUGUGCAGUGAUCCUGGGUCUCUUGAGAGCUCUGGUAGUGACAUUCACAGGAUUUUACUGGAGCGCAUUCCAUCCUUCCAGGUGUCAGUGUCAGGACCAGAGGACGAUAGUGGCUCUGCCAAUAACUCCCCUCGUCGUGACAUCUCCUGCACCAAAACACCCACCAACAACCCAUCUUUGGUCGACCAAUUCCCCUCUCCUCAACUCCGGAUCCGCCGGAGUUUCCCACGCUCCCGACCCGUCUCCGGGGACCCUUUAUCCAACUAUAGUGUGAUCCCUCGCCGGAAAGACUCCUACUUCCCACCCCAUCUCCUGAACUACGGCGAGUACUACUCUGACUCGGAAGAUGACCGGUCCUGCUCAGUCACGACCAGUCAGCACGAUGAGUCGGAGGGAAGUGAGGAGGACUACUUUUCUGACAAUGUCAUGGAACGUCAAACCGCUAAUUCGCUCUAUUUCAUGGCCUACGAGGUGAAGAGGAGACUCAGUACUAUUCCUGCUGGAGCUGCAGAGUUCCUGUCUAUCGAGGUUUCUGGAGAACUCGGAGGACAUUUCAGUAAAUCUAAGAAAACUCUCGGACAAAGUCCGAACAACAUGGGAAGGUAUUUCCGAAUACAUGUGAAGACGAAUAUAGAGAAACUGCAGCUUCAAAGUUAUGUUAUCUAUAAAAAGUUCCGCGAUGUCAUAGCACUUUAUGAGGACAUAGAAAGCAUCUGCCCUGACGGUGUAGUUCAGAUCGAGAAGCCGGACAGGAGUAUAUUCUCCAAGAAGCAGAACAAGAUCCAGGUGGAACGACUCCUCCUUUCUGUGGCCAGCAACAGCAAGCUUAGGGCUUUAGAACCCGUCAUUAAUUUCCUUAAACCAGAUUGUUUACUGUCAGAAGAAUCGACUCAUCUGACGCCUAAGACGCCCAAAUGCAAUACACCGCCAUCUAGUAACACCGAGAACAGCAACAGUACAGAGGCCCCACGAGAACACCCCAACUCAGCAAAUCAGUCCGAGGUAGAGAUAGCCAAGUUCUACACACCAAACGUAUCUUCCGGCCUCCCUGGCUCGGACCAUGCCCCGCAGAUCGUUCAUAGUCAAAACGGCAGUGCCGGAGAUCACUCAACUCUCGUACAGAGAACCUUCAAGUUCCUCAACCAGAAGAGCACUGCAGACCACGAUAAGAUGUCUGAGGAUGAGAAGUAUAGCCCUUUCAUCACUAAGGACGAUGACGGCAACCCGCUCCUACUCAUGAUAUUUUCCUACGAAAAGGACGGCUACACAAUCGAGGGAGGAACCCUGGAACAACUGGUCGAGCAGCUCUACUGCGGAACUUGCCCGGACGCUGACUAUAUUCAAACAUUCCUCUUGGGUUACAAGCUCUUCAUGCAGAGUGAGGAGCUUAUGGACAUGCUCCUCCAGAAGUUUGUGGACAGCGAGAGUUACGAGGAGGAGCAGGGGGAUAUGGUUAAGUUGAGGCUGAGUAAUAUUGUAGCGCAGUGGCUAGAGAGGGUUUGGGUGGACUUCCAUUACAGUGAUGUGAUGAUAGAGAAGGUGGAUAAGUUUGUCCAGCUGGUUUCAUCAGGACACCCCAGGUUCCUGCCCGUCGCUAUGAAGUUGGAGAAUACCAUGCAGAAAAAGAAAAGAGAAUGGGAAGAGUCUCUAAGAGAAGAGGACCGUCAGUCAGGCUCUCUACCAGGAUCAGGGUGCCCCUCUCCUGCUGAGUCUCCAGUUGCUAUGAGACGCUCCAACUCUGACUCCAAGAAUCAGGAUACCAAGUCGAACAAGAAGAGAAAACCGAUAUCGCUGAUGGAGACCACAUCCGGACAGUUUGCUAGACAUCUGCACUGCGUCGACUUUGAUCUGAUGUCAAAAGUGGAAAUCCAUGAAUAUUUCACCUACUUCUGCAGAAAGAAGGAUCCAAAAUACCACCUCCUGACCCAACAUCUGGACAACUGGAUCCAUCACUGGAACAGUAUCUCCGCCUGGGUCACAUCCGAGAUUCUGCGCGACGAAAACCCACGACAACGUGCUGUAAAGAUCGAGCGUCUUAUAGAUAUCGCCAAGCAGCUCAAACAACUUUUCAGCUUCAAUACCUUGUACGCUUUUGUGACGGGAUUCAAUCAUAGCAGUGUCAUGCGUCUGAAGAAAACUUGGGACCACGUUAAGUCCAGCUCUCAGACCAGUUUGAACGAUCUUGAAGAAUUCAUGUCUAAUGUCGAUAACUUUGGUCAGUAUAGGAAGUAUUUGGGAAAAGUGCCCAAGACUGUGUGCACGAUUCCGUUGCUGUCUCUUAUUCUCAGAGAUAUUGAGUUCCUGAAUGUCAACUCUCCCAAGCUGAGGAAUGGUUUAUGGAACUUUGGAAAACUUCGUUUAAUCAAAAAUAAGAUAUCUGAACUAGAAAGAUUCAAGAUGAUAAAGCCACAGAAUCACAUCCAAACAGAAGACGACCUCCUUAUCUUCUGUCGUCGCCUGCCGACAAUUCCCUGCGCCUCGUUCUACGACAUCAGUCUGGAACGUGAACCCAAAGAUCAGCCCCGCCCCGCCCGACCUGUAUCCGUUUCGUCGCUGUCGUCAGUGGCAACCAGCUCGUCGUCGUAACUCCUAGAAAACAGUUUUUGUUGUCAUAUAGAGCUCCUCUCUCCUCUCACACCCGUCCUCACAGUUUGGAUAGAACUAACAUUUAUUAGUUACUAUGCUUUUACUAGAAACUAGUUGAUGUGGCCUGAUAUCAGCAAGUAUAAAGUGUGUAAAUACUUAUCAGAGGAUUUCAAGAUAGGUACAAAUAUUCGGAGUAUCUGGGACCCUGUCCUUAUCUGAACCCAUUAGCAGUCAGGAACAUUGUUUAAAACUUUGACAUAGUUUAGUGGGACUUACUGUUUUUUAUUCGAAUAGCAAUAUUAGCAAGAUAAAGAGAUGCAUUUCUACCAGCCAGCAAAACUGUAUAGACUUAGAAGAAGGUGCGUGUGAUUUCUCAAUUGAUCGUGUAAAAACAUCUGACUGCUGUGUUGAAUGAUCUGUGUUCAUUGAAGUUUUUUAAUUAUUAUACUCUGAUUCAAUUAUUUUUAUAGUAGUUAUACAAACCA